AUGGACCAAGGAGGUGGUGGUGGUGGCGGAGGUGAACAAGGAAAGUACCGGGGAGUUCGAAGACGGCCUUGGGGAAAAUACGCGGCAGAGAUACGAGAUUCGAGGAAGCACGGUGAACGUGUGUGGCUUGGAACGUUUGAUACCGCGGAGGAAGCGGCUAGAGCCUAUGACCAAGCCGCCUACUCCAUGAGAGGUCAAGCCGCGAUUUUGAAUUUCCCUCAUGAGUAUAACAUGGGGAGUGGUGGCUCUUCUGCAGCCACGGCGGCUGGAUCUUCAUCCUCCUCCGCUUCUUCAUCUUCUAGGCAAGUUUUCGAGUUUGAGUAUUUGGAUGAUAGUGUUUUGGAGGAACUCCUUGACGAUGGAGAGAAUCCUACUAAGAACAAAAGUAACAAGGGCAAAAAGAAGGUUCAUGGUUAUCCCUCUCCUCCGCUACCCUCCUCUGUCAAUUUUGAAGAAUUACUCGUAGCUCCCACUGCGGAGACUAUCACGGCUCUCCUCCUGCGUUUAUGGUUCUCGGUCUCGGUCUAUUGCCAGUUCCGUUUAUUUCGCCGGAUCUUGGUCUCCGAUGAUAUGUCGCCCUCAUCAGAAUCGUUCCAGGGUACUCUGCUUUACGUUAGAAUCUAUUUUGUUAGCUUCGCUUCCUUGAGAGGUGAAGAGAAAGAGCUUGAAGAUGCUCAUGGUACAAUUUGGGUUGGAGUCAUGGGAAGGAGAACCUUGAAUCCGGGAUGCUUGGCUGAACCAAAUACAUGA